GCUGCCCGGGGAAGCUGUGGGUGCCCGAUCCGGGCACUGGUCAAGGCCAGGCUGGAAGGGGCUGGGAGCAACAGGGAGUGGAACGAGGUGGUAUUCAAUGCCCCUCGCAACAAAAAACCAUGGUGAGACUGCUUCUGUCAUUCCGGGACUCCGUCAUGCGGAGACUCGGGAUCCCGGGAUCCCGCCCCGCUGCGCUCCGCCCCGUGACGCCGCUCCGCGUCCGCGCCCCCAGCUCCAGCCGCCCAUAAAGUGGGCGGCGGCGGCGGGCGGCUCCUCAUGGAGCGCUGCGCGCCGCCGGCACCUGUUGCGCUACGGCGACUCCUUGCCCCGUUCGUUCUCUCCGUGUCUCUUGUCGCCCCCCGCCCCGGGACGGACGAUGCGGGCCGUGGUGCUGAUGGCCGCGCUGGCCGUGCUGGCAGCGAACCGCGCGGCCGCCGGGUCCUCGCCCAACGCCACGGAGCCGCAGCGGCACGAGGAGCGGGAGCCCGGGAGCCGUGAGGGCGAGCCCGUGCCGAGCCCUGACUACGAGGAGGAUGAGGAGGAGUACGAGGAGGCGCCGCCCGUCCACCAGUACAUCGUGGACGACUUGAUCCGAGUUGAACCUGUGGUUAAACCCAAGCCAGCAAAGAGGGGGGGAGAGAAGAAUGCUGGCAAAUCAAGAAGGAAGAAAAACAAAGGGAAAAACAAGAAGAAAGGGACUCCCUGUGAAAUGGAAUACAAAAACUUUUGCAUCCAUGGAGAAUGCAUAUACCUCGAACACCUCCAGAUGGUGACCUGCAAGUGUCAUCAGGAUUUUUUUGGUGAGCGCUGUGGUGAACAGUUCAUGAAGACUCAAAGGAAGAAUGAUGUGGCAGACUACUCAAAGACUGUCUUGGUAGUGGUAGCUGUCCUGCUCUCGAGCGUCAGCUUCAUUACUGUACUUAUCAUUGUGAUAGUGCAGGUCAGGAAAAAGUGUCCUCAGUACGAAGAGAAAGAAGAAAGGAAAAAACUCCGACAAGAAAAUAGAAAUGGCCAUGUUGGUGUGUAAACAGGGAGAAGGCAGAGCAAUUCUGAAGUGGCCAUGGCCAAGCUGCAGGGGGUACCUCUGGCUACCUGACACAUCCACCUGGACACUGUGGGCUGCAGCUGUUGCCACUAAGCCCUGAUUCAUCAAGAGCGAGGCUGCUGCAAGGAGAUGUCAACAGGCCACUUGCUGCUGAAUCACUUGCUGAGGAGACCAGUUAUCACUGCAUCUUGGCACAACGAUGUGGAAGGAGCUGGCUCGUUGGGGGACAGGACCUCUUGUCAAGACCUGCUAGAGACUACUGCUACUGAGCCUUCUCUCUGUGCUAGAGCUCCAGUCUCGCUAUUGUGUGGAUGGACUUUGUUCUCUUAGCAAGUUUCCUUUGGCAGCUCUAACUCUAAGGGCGAGAGCCUGUUGCUGCUUUCAGCAAUGGAUGGAAGGGAGAAAAUUCCUUUCCUUCCCUCAACCAAAGUGAAAAAGGGAUGAGGUUGGGAUGGCUUCUCUCCCUAGACCUCAGUGGAUGAAAAACCUAAUUGUGUUGUCACUGUGCUCCCUAUCCAUAUUGGCUUCCAAGAGCUUCAUCUGUAGUUGUGACUUGCAGGGUGUUGGUGACAGAUGUUUGUCAGCCACACCUGGGUUCUGUUACUGUGUGUGUGGAAGGGACCCCUCAGAGUUCUGUAGGACUCGUGGUGUGAGUGGAACUGUUCAUUUGUGUGUGUGCUGGCCUGAGUUAAAAUCAGUCUCCUCAGGAUGCUGAGAUGGGAGAUGCAAGACGUGAAGCUUCUCCUAAAGGAGAAGAUCCAUUCUCAAACUGAUAACUGAUAAGGCUGGACCCAUCUCUUGUAAACACAAAACUACUUCUGUUAAACAGAUACUUGUUACUGCUUUAAGCAGUGCUUAAAUACAAAAGACUUCUCAUCAGAUCCCAUCACUUGGACUUGACUAAGAACCUGUUCCUUUGAAGAAUUUAAUUCAGGCACUGAUGCUUUGCAAGCAGUGGUCUCUCGUGCUCUACCUUCAGGUGUGACAAACUCAUCUUACCUCAGUCUUCUCUCACCUGGGUGUCCUUGGUUUCUUAACUGUCCAUGCAGUCUUGAGCACAGAGGAUUAUUUGAGUUCAGUUUCUUCUUGGAAGAGUGAUUGUGUUCUGUGUAAACAGACCACAAUUCUUCUGGUAGCAGAGAAACACCAUUAAUUGCCAAGUUGUAUCUUUUGUA